AUGGAUCAGGCCUCAGUGGCUUUAGAGGAUGUGGCUGUGAACUUCACCCGAGAAGAAUGGGCUUUGCUGGGUCCUUGUCAGAAGAAUCUCUACAAAGAUGUGAUGCAACAAACCAUCAGGAACCUGGAUUGUGUAGGAAUGAAAUGGAAAGACCAGAACAUUGAACAUCAGUACAGAUAUCCCAGGAAAAAUCUAAGAUGUUAUAUGUUAGAGAGAUUUGGUGAAAGUAAAGAUGGACGUCAGUGUGGCGAAACAUCUAGCCAGAUUCAGGAUAGUAUUUGGAACAAGAACACUCUGCCUGGAGUAGGUCCAUGUGAAAGCAGUAUGUGUGAAGAAAUCGUCAUGGAUCAUUCAUCCCUUAAUUGCUACAUCAGAGUUGAUGCUGGGCACAAACCACAUGAGUAUCAUGAAUGUGGAGAGAAGCCAGAUACACAUAAACAAUGUGGGAAUGCCUUCAGUUGCCGCAACUCAUUUCAAACACCUGGAAGUCCUCACACUGGAAAGAAACCAUAUGAUUGUAAAGAAUGUGGAAAAUCCUUCAGUUCUCUGGGAAACCUUCAAAGACACAUGGCAGUGCAGCGUGGAGAUGGACCUUAUAAAUGUAAGUUGUGUGGGAAAGCCUUUUUCUGGCCCAGUUUAUUACAUGUGCAUGAAAGAACGCACACUGGAGAGAAACCGUAUGAAUGUAAGCAGUGUUCUAAAGCCUUUUCUUUUUACAGUUCCUAUCUAAGACAUGAAAGAACACAUACUGGGGAGAAACCAUAUGAAUGUAAGCAGUGUUCCAAAGCCUUCCCUGAUUACAGUUCUUGUCUAAGACAUGAAAGAACUCACACUGGAGAGAAACCCUACACAUGUAAACAAUGUGGGAAAGCCUUUAGUGCUUCCACUUCCCUUCGAAGACAUGAAACAACUCACACUGGAGAGAAACCCUAUGCAUGUAAGCAGUGUGGGAAGGCAUUUCAUCAUCUGGGGAGCUUUCAGAGACACAUGAUAACACACACUAGAGAUGGACCUCAUAAAUGUAAGGUAUGUGGGAAAGGUUUUGAUUGUCCCAGUUCACUGCAAAGUCAUGAAAGAACUCACACUGGAGAGAAGCUCUAUGAAUGCAAGCAGUGUGGGAAAGCAUUAUCUCAUAGCUCAAGCUUUCGAAGACACAUGACAAUGCACACUGGAGAUGGACCUCAUAAAUGCAAGGUAUGUGGGAAAGCCUUUGUUUAUCCCAGUGUAUUUCUAAGACAUGAAAAGACUCACACUGCAGAGAAACCCUAUAAAUGUAAACAAUGUGGCAAAGCCUACCGUAUUUCCAGUUCCCUUCGAAGACAUGAAACAACUCAUACUGGAGAGAAACCCUAUAAAUGCAAAUGUGGGAAAGGCUUUAUUGAUUUCUAUUCCUUUCAAAAUCACAAAACAACUCAUGCUGGAGAGAAGCCAUAUGAGUGUAAGGAAUGUGGGAAAGCAUUCAGUUGUUUCCAAUACCUUUCUCAACAUAAAAGGACUCACACAGGAGAGAAACCUUAUGAGUGUCAAACAUGUAGGAAAGCCUUCAGUCAUUUUGGUAACUUAAAAGUCCAUGAAAGAAUUCACUCUGGAGAGAAGCCGUAUGAAUGUAAGGAAUGUGGGAAAGCAUUCUCUUGGCUCACUUGCUUUCUACGACAUGAAAGAAUUCACAUGAGAAAGAAAUCCUAUGAAUGUAAACAGUGUGGUAAAGCCUUCACUCAUUCUCGUUUCCUUCAAGGACAUGAAAAAACUCACACUGGAGAGAACCCGUAUGAAUGUAAGGAAUGCGGGAAAGCAUUUGCUUCUCUCAAUUCCUUGCAUAGACAUAAAAAGACUCACUGGAAAGAUAAUCUGUAAAUGUCUGGAAUGUGGGAAAGCAUUUAUUUAUUUCAUUUCAGAAACUUGGAAGAAACACAUUGGAGAUAAACCCUGUGAAUGUAAGCACUUUGGGAAAGCCUUAAGGAGUUUCAGUUUCUUUCUAAUACAGUUAUCCUUUGAUACAUGCUGGGUAUUGGUACCAGCACUCUGUGAGCCAUUUCAAGUCCCUUUUAUAAAAUGACAUAUUUGUAUGUGACCUACCCACAUCCUCUUGUAUACUCUCAAUCAUGUCUAGAUUACUUAAAAUACCUCAUGCAUUGUAAAAGCUAUGCAAAUAGUUGUUCUAUUGUAUUGUUUAGGGAAUCGUGAUAAGGAAGAGUCUAUGUACUUUCAGUACAGAUGCAGUAAUUGUGAGCCUGUCGACAUAGUAUAUGUCAGCCAGACCAUUAAAGUUUCUUUCUUUCA